GUGAACACGGGCUGUUUGCUUGCUAGCUUAGAGCUAGCUAGCUAACAGCAACAGUAACUCUGUCUAUCUUGACUUGCAUUGGCCUACUUAGCUAGCCAGAUGGCUAAUCUUUAUUAGAGGAUUAAAGCUAUCCGGAGGAGGAGGACAUCCUAUAGCCUACGGCCUGUAGUCAUGUUAUAAAGACCUACAACUCUUCAGGACACAUUUCACGUGAUGAACUUAAUGCCUUCCACAAAGAGCUCUGAUCACUGGACUUUAUCAGAGUUACUUGGGCAACGGAGGCUGUUAGGGCUCGGAGCUCUGCUGGCAUGGCUUGUCCUCUUCCAUCUCCUUGUGAAUGUUUGGCUCCUCUGCGUCUUCACCAGUCUCUUGGUGGUUCUCGGGGGUUGGCUCGGAUCCCGUGCUGUACUGGACGCAAACAGCCUUCUCCACUUGGAACACUUUUUGCCUCUCGGAAAAAUAAACCAACCUCUGUCUUCACCUGAACAUGAGUGGAGGUUGAACCACGAGAUCCACAAUGCUGUCCACAAAGCGGUGCGGGACUUUGUGUCCUCGUGGUAUCGGACUCUGCUGCCAGAGGUGGAGGGGGAGUUUGAACGCGCAGUGCGUAAUUCAAUGCUGGAGUCAGUGAUGGAACUGAAGGAGCGUGCGCGGCGAGUGGACAGGAAAGCACUGGUUCAACGUCUGCUAGAGAUGUAUGGCUGUCACCUGCAGAGCUACAUGACUGCAAGAAAGAUACAGUCGACGCAAAAGGAAAGCAUCAGCCUCUGGCAGCUCUACAGUGAAGUAGAUGCCCCUCAUCCAGCCGUGAGCAGUGCAGCCGCUGAGCUCAGCUACUCAAGAGCUCUAGUUAACCUUGUGUUACAUGUGCUUGUUCCAUACCCUCAGAUGGAAACCAGGACUGGAGGUUUUGUGGUUACCGAACUCAUCACCUGCAAUGUGCUGUUGCCGCUUAUAAGCAGGGUGUCUGAUCCUGACUGGCUCAACCAGACCAUUGUAGAGAUAAUCACCAAGUCCAGAGAACCACAGGAAAUCAAUGUGGAUGAGCUCCCCGCUGCAGCUGAACUGUACAGAUGUACACAGGAGUCCUGGACCACCUGCAAGUCACCGUCUUUUUCUGAUGAUCAAACCAGCUUCACAAGCAGAAGCAACUCUGACUUUGAUGAUAUUUCAAGCCAAAGUACUUUCUCUGAGAAGGAGUCUUUGCAGAGCAGCAUGGUUAGCCUGACGUCUGCUGGGAAAGUAGAAGGUUGCCACGCAGGUUUGCUGACACCAUGCAAAGUGAACUGCUAUCCACUCACAUCUGGCCACUACUCCCACUCACCAGAGCCCAAAGGGAUUUCAUUGGACUCCUUAAUUCAUUCAGACUCUGAAGAUGACUUGCCAGGGGGCUUUUGUGAUUGCGGUCCUCCAACAAACUUCUGCAAUGUGAUGACUUUGAUGGACGAUGAGGCGUUCGGUUGCUUCGGUCCUCGGAAGAAUCUUGGUCCAAAGGUGGUGGCGCCCGACGACUCGAAGUGGCCAGCGGGUAUAGCCCAAGAGAAAUCCCCAAGUCCUCCAAGAAGACUUUGUCUAACCCCAUGUGACCCUGAUGUCCCCAACAACCAAGCUGCACCUUUGAACAUCCAGAAUGUGCAAAUAUCUGGUACUGUCACUGCAAAGGAGACACGCGGUACAGGCACGUAUCCAUACACUCUCUACACUGUAAAGUUUGAGAAAAUGGUUGAAGCAGAAAACAGUGGCUCUCUGCAACCUGCGUCCUGUCACACCGUCAACCGGAGAUACAGCGAGUUCCUCAACUUGCAAACACGUUUAGAAGAGAAGCCUGAGGUUAAGAAAAUAAUCAAGAAUGUCAAAGGCCCAAAGAAAAUGUUCCCCGACCUCCCAUUUGGCAACGCAGACAGCGACAAGGUUGAAGCCCGUAAAAGCCAACUGGAGACGUUCCUUAAACAAUUAAGCAGCAUUCCUGAGACGUCCAACAACGAGGACGUGCAGGAGUUCCUGGCUCUGAACUCAGAUGGGUGCACAUAUUUUGGAAGAAAGCCUCUUGUAAAGUCAAGAAUUGAUAAGAUGAUGGAAAAUGCCUUAGACACCUUGAAGACAGCCUUCCCCCAACCUGAGUCCCCCAGUCCAACAGAAGACAUUGAGGGAGAUAGUGAUGGAAGAACAAUGGACAGCAAAAAAUACAGGAGGCUCAUGUUCCCAAGGAAAAUUUCCACACCUCUCAAUAUACCUGACCUACACCCUAAAGUGACAUACUGCUUUAGUGAAGGCAGCGCUGUCCUCAAUGGCAUGUCAAUGUCUGGCCUGGAGAGCUUCGUCAAAGAGCAGGAAAGACUUUUAUGUGGGUCGAAUGAGAAAGAGACAGCAAAGCAGAGCUGUGAGCAGCCUGGAAAGGACAAGAAGACUUCAGGGAAAACUCAUGGGACAGACACAGCUGUGGCAGAUGUUGCUUUGAACAUUCUAUGUCUGCUGAUGAAGGACCAGUGGAGUUGGCUGUGCACUGAGAACAUACAAAAGACCAUAAGACUGCUCUUCGGCACCUUUAUUGAGAGAUGGUUGGAUGUAGGAGUUGCCCACCUGACCAGUGCCCCCUGCUGGGUGAUUUACUUACAAGUCUUGCAGGAAGCAGUAUGGCCAGGCGGCACGCUGCCUGCUCAACCACGGCCGGAGCGCAGUGCCGCAGAAAGAGCGGAAACCAAGGAGCAAUGUCUGGACUCUCUAAUGCAGCCACUCCCAGAGCUCAUCACUGACAUGCUGGGAAGUGAGAAGUACAGACUGAGCUUGGAGAGUAUGCUGGAGUCUUUACAGGAUAGUCAGAUAAACAAGCAUCUGAUCUACUGCAUCUGCGACCUGCUGCUGGAGUUUCUGAUCCCCGAGUCGAGCAAUGAGGCCUUCCAGGAGUCUCUGCUGCUGAGCCUGUCCAAAGACACAGAGAGGGACAAUCCUCACACAUGAUCAGCACAUUAUAACACCCUGAUGCCUCCCAGUUGUAGGCAAUUGAUGGGUAAAGUGCAGUACAUGUGUGUAUGGGUUGUGACAUAUUCAUGAUUGCGUAGCCACUAGAGUCCCCAGGGUGAUGGCACAGGAUUGCUGUAGGCAUUACCUGAUUGGUCAGUGGAAACAGGAAGCUAAUCAAGU